UAAUUAAUAUACACUAUGUACUUCGAUAGUAUUGCCUAUUUUGUCGUUGUCACAUUAAACAUUUUAAGCCGGCUUGUUUAUUCAUUUAGUAUUAUAAUUGUGGAUUACAAACUAAGUAAACAUUUGCACAUCUCAUUAAAAAAAGCAUUAAAUAAUGUAAAAAUCUAACAAUGAGCUUGCUUUUAGAAUACAAACAUUUAUUUCCUAUUGAUAGCAUUCAAAAGGUGUGUGAACUAUUUGAAGAACAGUUGCGUUCGGAGAAGGAACCAGAUUUGUCCUUUUUCUCAAUUAUUGUUGGAGCCGUUGAAAAUAAUCUUACUAAUAUCAAAGCAAGCGACAAAGAUGUAAAUCUAGGUAACAAUAAAUUCAAAAUGAAGUUUCCCUCAUUAACAUGGGAUGAAGUAAAGUCUUUAUACGAACGAUUCACUUCUUUGAUGAAAUGUGGCGUGGAUGCAAAAUUACUUGGCGGCGAAUAUUCAACACGAGAAUUAGUAAAACGAGUUGCAGAUGUCGUUUGGAACUCGUUAACACGUAGUUACUAUAAAGAUAGAGCACACCUUCAGUCAAUAUAUAGUUUUUUGACAGGAAAUAAGUUGGAUUGUUUUGGUGUUGCAUUUGCAGUUACAGCUGCUUGUCAAGUAUUAGGUAAAAAUGAUGUACAUCUUGCUCUCUCUGAAGAUCAUGCAUGGGUGGUCUUUGGGAAAGGUGGAAAAGAAACAGCUGAGGUAACUUGGCAUGGUAAAGGUAACGAAGAUAAAAGAGGAAGAUCUGUAGGUGAUGGUGUUCUUGCACAUUCUUGGCUGUAUGUGGCUGGGAAACCAGUAAUAUGUACUAGAGUUAUGGAACUUGCAGCUUUAGUCUCAUCUGUCAACUCCACUUUAACUCCGACCAUUGAUGUCCAUGAAGUUUCUCUAAUGCAGUAUAAACUUCUAUGGCUACUGUAUGACAAAGGUCAUCUGGACACAUACCCUAUGGCCUUGGGGAAUCUUGCUGACUUAGAGGAGCAUAUGUUAUCAAACUAUCCUGAUGAAUCUAAGCAAUGCAUAUUCAAAGAAACUAUAGACACAAAACCAAAUACCCCAAAACCAGACUCCACAGCACUCUAUCUACAAGCAAUCCGUUCAUCUAGAAGCCACUAUGAUGAUCGUCAUGUUUAUCCAUAUACAUUUCAAGGUGGUUACUACCACCGCCAUAAGAUGUACAAGGAAGCUUUUCAUGCUUGGGCCUGUGCAGGAGAUGUUAUCAGACAUUACAAUUAUUCCCGUGAUGAUGAAGAAAUUUAUAAAGAAUUCGCGGAAAUAGCAAAUGAGUUAAUACCACAGUUAAUGAAGGCCGAAAGUUCCGGGCAUUCUGCAAGGUCAAUCUUGAAGGAUCCUGAGUGUUUUGCAUCUUUAUUGAGAUUUUAUGAUGGCAUCUGUAAAUGGGAGGAAGGCAGCCAGACACCAAUUCUUCAUAUUGGUUGGGCUAAACCUCUUGUAAGCACUAUAUCAAAAUUUGAUUCCGAGGUGAGGGCUCAAGUCAACAUUGUUUGCAAUACUGAUAACAACCAUAUCGGUGAGGAUGUACCUACACAAUGCGAAACUAAUUCAACCGGAAGCAAUGAUAGCUGGAAUGAUGCUUCAAAUGUAGAAAUGACAGUUCGAGAACAAUUAACGGCAGCAGUUAACAGCAGGCCUCGGGUGACACUUUUCAGUCAUAAAAUGGCUGCUCUAAAGCCUUUGUUGCUUGCAGAACGAUUAAACACUCAUGCUUUGCAAUUGCAAUUGACUGCUCAAAGCCAACUUCAACGGCCCCAAACACAACGGCGUGAUGAUGAAGAACAGAAUAGUGGUUCAGCAGGACGCGCUAAACGAGCUCGUCGGGAGCGAUAAAUUAUUUGUUUGAUGGCCUAGGGAGCGGCAAUAUAAUUUCUUUAUGUCGUGGCCUGAUCCUAGAAUUCAUAAUUCCAUUAAAUGUUUGAUUAUUCAUUUACUUGGUUAUAGCAUUUAAUAUGGCUAUAUUUCAUGAAAUGAUCAAUUCUAUGAUCAGCCUGUGACAUGCACAAUACAAACAAUGAAUACAUACAUGAGUAUGUCUUGUAACAUAUAUAAAUUAAAAAAAUAAUGGUAUUCUUGUUUAGAUUUACCUACAACUAGCGGUUUAGUUAACUAUUUAUUUACCUCAAAAGUGAAAUAAGUUUUUGACUCCCCCUAUCUGAAAGUUUCUUGAAUCAAUUGUAUUUUAAAGAGAUGUAUUUUUAUUUUUUAUUAGAAACUAUAUAAUCAUAAGCUACGAUACUCUAAGUACAAAAUAGCUUGCAUUUAACUAAAAUUUAAGUAUUGUGAGAUUUUCGUUAAAUUGUAGAUGUUUUUUAGGUUUCUGGUAUAGAGUCAAACUCUUAUCAAUUUAAAUUUCCUUAUUAGAGUAUUACUUAUUUAAAUCGAUGUGCAAAUUUAACUCUACGUAGUGGAUGUCUGUUUACAUAAUAUUUAAAGAAAUGUCUUUAAAGCUUUGAGUAAAUUUUCUUAUGUUGGAAUUGUAAAUUUGACUAAGUUUAAAAAGAGGCUUAAGAAAAAUUGUUCUUAUAUUUUAAUUAUUGUAAAUAUAACAUAAUUUAUAUAA